AAGACCUACACUGAGAGUGGGAUUGAGACCGCGUAAACUUCACGGACCUUCCAAUACAAAGAAGAUGGAGAACAUUUCUAUGUCUACGGAGCAGCUACAGCAGGUGGUGACGUCACUUACGGCCGCAGCUCUUCAAGCCGCAGCUGGCGGUGUCAGGACUACAACGGCAUCAUUUGCUAACGUGUCAUUUUCCUAUGACGGCACUAGGGAAUCUAUACGCUUGGAAGAGUUUUUAUCAGCCGCAUCAGUCUAUAAAAAGGUUAAUGGCAUGUCGGACGAGGCUGCUAUUAUGAGUCUUCCUCUGGUAUUGAAAGGUGAAGCUUCUACAUGGUGGCAAGGAGUGAAAGAUAAUAUUACCUGUUGGACCGACUUCGAGGCAAGAUUGCGUCACGCCUUUGCACCGAAGAUAUCUGGCGUCCAAAUAUUCCAGGAAGUAUUUUCACGCAAGCAACCGUCGGAUAUGCUGACAGAAACGUUUAUCGCAAAGAACAGAGCCCUGUUGACCCAGCUACGAUCACCGGGUUUGACAGAGGAAUUACAAAUAGAUGCUAUUCAUGGUCAGUUGCACAUUAAUAUUCGCGAGAGAAUACCACGUGACUCAGUGAUGACAUUCGACCAGCUGCUAACCGCUGCUAGGAAUGUUGAACAGGUGCUACGUGAGAAGUCUUCAUCAGUUUUGUGUAAAGAUCAAUUCGAAAAGCAAACUGGGCAAACCAAAAAGAAACAGCGCUGUGAGUACUGUCGUGCCACGGGCCAUACCGUUGAGGAAUGUCGAAAAAGACUGAAGCAAAUGGGUGGAACACAACAACCUCCUAAAGAGAUUAAAAUGGAGUCUACCCAAGCGCCGUCACCAAGUAUGUCGACUCUCUACUGCUACGGAUGUGGAAUGCCUGGUUAUACACGAAGCAAAUGCCCUAAGUGUAAAGAAGCUCAACCAAUCAAGAUGGAGAAAACUGGGUUUUGCGCGCUAGACAUCAACUUAGACGCCCGCCCGAGAAUGCAGGUGGGAAUUGCCAUCUUUGAUGUUAUUGGCACAGCAUUUGUCGACCCCUGCGCUAAAUCUAGUGUGGCUUCCUAUCAACUGUACAAGUGCUUAAAGCAAAGACAAUGUAGUUUUGCUCGACAAACUGCUAAUAUAACUAUGGCAGACGGCUUGAAACGACGAGAAGAAGUCUUGUCCAUUACAGUGCCAGUCAAAAUUUGUGAUCGGAGUGUACCCACAACCUUUGUAGUACUUCCACAUGCUAAGAAAAAUAAAACGUUGCUGGGUAUGGGGUUCAUAGAAGAUGCAGGCAUGGUCCUCAACAUACCUCAACGUUCCUGGAAUUUUGUGGAACGUCCAGGAGUUAAUUAUGAUUUCAUCGUGGAAGGACCUGAAAGCGUAUCAUUGGCCCAGUUUGAACCCGACUUACACCCAGAUGUCGUGUCUAGGCACACCAACCCGACAUACGGUUAUGAACCCAAGGUUGCAGCCCAUGAUACAUUUGAUGGGUACGUACCGGAGCCACACCAUAUGGAUUAUAUGUUCGCGGAUGCGGUAAAGGCGAUUGAAGAAACCGAAGUUACCCUGUCGCCAAAUUCUGAAGCGCUAUUCACGGGCUACACUGCUGAUGACAUUGACCUGUGUACAUUAGACAUCGGGACAGUCAAAAUGGGAACUCUGAAUGACGAACAGAAAAGCCGUAUAGAAGGGGUCAUAAUGAAGAGUAAGGAGGUUUGCCUAUUUAAUAAGCAACCAACGACGUUGAUUGAACACACUAUCGACACAGGCGACCACGCACCAAUAGCUGUACCACCUUACCGGCUGUCUCCAGUCCGAAGGGAACAGUUGAAAAACGAGAUCGACAAGAUGCUCAGCGAAGGUAUUAUCCAACCUUCAUCUUCACCAUGGUCUGCUCCUGUUAUAUUAGUGCCAAAGAAGGAUGGGAGUCUACGCCCUUGCGUCGACUACAGAAGGUUGAACUCCAUCACCGUACCGGACCUCUACCCGAUGCCACGGAUUGAUGACCUUCUACGUGACGCCAAGCCGACUCUAUUUAUGUCCACUCUUGACCUGCGCUCUGGUUAUUGGCAGGUAAAGGUGCGCGAGGAAGACCAGAACAAAACCAGCUUCAUAACGCCAUUCGGAAUUUUCAAAUUUAUUCGAAUGCCUUUCGGACUACGGAAUGCUCCUGCUACCUUCCAACGGCUUAUCGACCGGGUCAAGGUAUUGGUAGGAGAUGUGAGAAUGCUGGCAUACCUGGAUGAUUUAAUAAUACUGUCCGAAUCGUUCGACCAACAUCUUGAGGAUUUGGAUAAAGUGUUGAAAGUGCUGAAAGGGAAUAAUCUGUCUGUUAACCUCACUAAAUGUCACUUCUGUUGCGAUUCUAUCAAGUAUUUAGGCCACUUGAUCACCGCAAGCGGCUUACAAGUGGAUCCCUCCAAGGUGGAAGCGAUUACUAGUCUACCACAGCCCAAAAACCUCAAGCACUUACUAUCCUUCAUACAAACUUGCUCCUGGUACAGACGAUUCAUUCCGAACUUCUCCAAAGUCAGCGAACCAUUGACGAGGUUAACAAAAAAGAAUGCUCAAUGGGAAUGA